UUCCGAUUGGAGGGAGACAUAGUAUGGUGUGUGCUUUUCAUUCAUUGGUGGCUAUGUUGUGAUAAGCAACAGCUACAACUGCAUGAGAAGCAGUCAAAAGCUAAAUUAAAAGCUUAUUGGUUGAAGGAGCCAAAAGGCCCCACCCACAAUCUGUUUCCCAGGUCAGCCAAGGUGAAGAGAUAAUGUGUGAUAAAGUUAUUUUGUGACAUUCUGUCAAUGUGUGUGCUCCGUUGAAGGCCUUCUUUCUCACAAACAGUCAAAAUGAGCAGACUCUGGUCCUCAAUCAAGUCUCAUCCUUACCUUACUAAUGUUGUCGGCUACACAGCUUUAUUUGCUUCUGCGGAUCUUAUCCAGCAAACCAUUCUGGGAGGGAAGCAAGGGCAAACUAGUUUGGACAAAAAGGUCACUUUAGACCUAAAGCAAAAGACAAAUGGGGAGAGUGGACCUGAAGAAGAAGCAACCAAUCAGGGAAAGGGAGUAUUCCCAGAAAUUGAAUCCAGACAAGUGAUGGAUCUCUCAUCAGGAAGGCCAAGAAAGAAACCAGAGUCACCAGGAAAUGAGAGAACAUUAUCCAACGAUGGAGAGGCAGAGCACGGUUUGCAAGAAGCCGAACGGCCAACCAAAAUGAAGCCAGGGACAUGGUCGGACAUUGACUGGUCCCAGACUGCACGAGUGGGGCUUGUUGGAUUCUGCUUCAAUGCCAAUUUCAACUACAACUGGCUGAAGGGAUUAGAGAGGCUGUGGCCAGGUGGAGGGGUGAAACGAGUGGCAGGGAAAGUGUUCCUAGAUCAGCUGAUUGCCGCUCCUUUAACUAUCAGCGCCUUCUAUAUUGGAUUGAGUGUCCUGGAGGGAAGAGAGGACCCAUUAGAAGACUGGCGGGAGAAAUUCUGGACUUCUUACAAGGCUGGAGUGGUAUACUGGUCCACAAUGCAGGCAGUGAAUUUCACCUUGGUCCCUCCAGCAGCACGGACUGUCUUUGUGGGCGGAAUCGCUCUUGUUUGGACCAUCUUUCUAUGUCAUCUUCGACAGCAAAGAGGCAUCACUCAAACACAUCCUUGAACUAACUGAAGAAUACAAGAGUGCAUAAAGAAGCAUUGGGACAUUUAAUGAUGGCCUUUCCUCAGGCCAAGGUUUUAUUUUCUUGGAAUUAUAUUGAAACAUUCAAACCAUUUGAUUGGUUUAUACUAAAAUACUUAAAAAGACAUUUUAAAACGG